AUGUCGCGGGCCCGCACUCCAAAGACUACGCAAGUACGCGGUUACAGCGCACAGCCGCGCCGCAACACGCUCGGACAGUCGCGACAAACCGGACCAGCUCGGGAACGCACAGGCGGCCGCCGUGACGGAUCGUAUCGAUGGACGCGAACGCACCGGGAAUGUGUUUGGCCAGACUGGACGGCCUCAGCCGAUCCGGACGCGACUUGUGCGGUUCUAUCGCCGGGUACCACUGGCUCGGUUCUCGUCCGUCCUCGUCCGUUUCGCCGAGGUGUCGCGCGAAAGUUCGCGGCCGCGCGUGAAUCUCGCGUGCGUUUCGCGGUUGUUAAUAUUGUUCGUCCGAAUCCGUUUUACGCCCCGUCCGACCGUAACGCGUCACAGCGCGUGCAGGCUGACCCGUUCAAGAACGGCGACGGCCGCCGAACGCCGUCUCGACAACGUCCGCGGCAUCGGUGA